UUCACUGAAAGUAGUUCUGUGUUCUGUAGAUAAUAUAAUAUAUAACUUAGUAUUCCGUAAAAAUGGAAGAUUUGAAGAAAAGAAUUGCCCAGUUGGAAGAAGAACUGAGACUGGAGAAGUCUAAGAAUGAAUUAUCUUCGGUUGCUCGUCCGAAAAUCGGUCAAAUGUCAUCCGAAGUUGUCGACUCUAAUCCCUACAGUCGACUGAUGGCUCUCAAGCGUAUGGGGAUUGUUGAAAACUAUGAGAAAAUCAGAGACUAUACUGUUGCUGUGGUUGGUGUUGGUGGUGUUGGCAGUGUCACUGCUGAAAUGUUGACACGCUGUGGAAUUGGCAAGCUGAUUUUGUUUGAUUAUGACAAAGUUGAACUGGCAAACAUGAAUAGACUCUUCUUCCAACCUCAUCAAUCUGGCUUGUCCAAAGUAGAGGCUGCAGCAAAUACUCUUUCCUUCAUCAAUCCUGAUGUCCAGUUUGAAACCCACAAUUACAAUAUUACAACCAUGGAUAAUUUUCAACACUUCAUGGGAAGAAUUAAAGAAGGAAGUCUAACUGGAGGUCCUGUGGAUCUAGUGCUUAGUUGUGUGGACAACUUUGAAGCACGGAUGGCUAUCAAUGCAGCAUGCAAUGAAAUCAAUCAAAUAUGGUUUGAAUCGGGUGUUUCUGAAAAUGCUGUCUCUGGCCACAUCCAGUUUUUAAUUCCCGGAAAAACCGCCUGUUUUGCUUGUGCUCCUCCUCUUGUUGUGGCAUCUAACAUUGACGAGAAAACUCUGAAAAAGGAUGGAGUAUGUGCGGCAAGUCUUCCCACUACGAUGGCUAUUGUUGCUGGAUUUCUAGUUCAAAAUACGUUAAAGUAUUUGUUGAAGUUUGGCCAGGUUAGUUAUUAUUUGGGUUAUAAUGCAAUGCAAGACUUUUUCCCGACUAUGAUGAUGAAACCAAACGAUGGUUGUGAUGAUUACCAUUGCCGCCUGAGGCAAAAGGAACAACAAGAAUUUUUAGCUUUAAAUCCAGUGAAGGAAGUUGUGGCCGAAGAAGUUGCCGUUGUUGUACAUGAAGAGAAUGAAUGGGGAAUAUCGUUGGUGGAUGAAUCGGUGCCGGUUGUCGGUGGGGACCGAACCGAAGUAGCUCCAGGAAUUCAUGCUGCAUACGAUCUGCCUGCCGGGGAAGAUGUGGAAUUGGGAGCAAGUGAAUCUGUUGAUGCUAACAUCAGUCUUGAAGAACUCAUGGCACAGAUGAAAUCCAUGUAAAGUUAAAUGUUUUUUGUUGAAAAUCCAUGGAAAAUGUUGAUUGAACGUGAAGAUACAGAGUAUCAGACAUUCCUAUAUUCAACAGUGCUGUUAUAUUUUACAUACAUUUUACACAUCAAGA